AUGAGUCAAACAUCACUGAAACAGAAGAAGAAGAAUGAGACCGGAAUAAGGUACUCAAAAGAGAGUCUAGAUGGAGAAAAAAGAAAGGAUUCUGAGAAAUCAGGAGUUCGUCUGAGCACUCAGAUGAAGCGUGCAGUCAAUCCGAAUCACUCGCUGAGAUGUUGCACCAUGCGGGGUCACCCGUCGUGUAGACGCUGCCUUUGUGCAGCUGAGGGAACAAUCCUUGGCCCCUGCCGCACAAUACAUAUUUUUAUUCACAUGUGCCUGUUGUGGGAGCAGGGCCGGCAGAUCACCAUGAUCAGGGGAUCACAAGAAUUACUGCCAAAGUCUGACUCUCAAGGGUACCUUGUGCAAAAUCAAUUGUCCAGAACAUCUAGAAGCCAGUCCAGCAAGCCUGCGCUUGAAGAACCGCGAAGCAGAAGCAACAGUAUCAAGGUAGAAACCCCCGACAGCUCCACGACCUCCCGGACGUCAUCUGCCUCUCCCAGCCAGCACGACUCUCCUCCGCCGCAGCCCACGCCACCCUCGGCCCGGCAGUCCGCGCCCAGCCAGCCGUCCAUACAGCUGGACUCGCAGCCCCCUACGCCCCCAGAGGCCCAGCCCACGUCCCGGCGCCGCAGCUCCAAGCAACACGAGACUCCGGAGCCCAGGAUAGAGUCCAGGAUGGAGCCCAGGCUGGAUUCCAGAUCGCACAGCGUCAUGCGGGACUCCAGGGAGUUCAAAGGGCGGGAGUAUCCGCUCACCCCCCCCAUGGAGUGGAAGGCCUACUCCCAGCGUAGAAUGUUGUACCCCAGCAACUUCCCGAUGGACCCCGACUGUCUCCCCGAAAGUCAACAGCGGCGACAGGAGGAGGAUGAGGACGACGACGAGGAGGCUUACUGGGAGUCGGUGAAGAAGUUCUACGAAAAGAUCCCCAGCUGCUCGCGUCCGCGGCCGCCCAAACCCAAGAACGCCAUCACCAUCGCCGUCUCAUCCCGCGCCCUCUUCAACAUGAUGGACGCCAGGAAAAUCUACGAGGAAGAAGGUCUGGAGAAGUACAUAGACUAUCAGCUCAACAAUGAGAACGUCAUCCUGACCCCAGGGCCUGCCUUCCGCUUUGUCAAGGCACUGCAGCACGUCAAUGCUAGACUCCGUGAUCUGUAUCCCAACGAACAGGACUUAUUUGAUAUUGUACUGAUGACUAAUAACCAUGCCCAAGUGGGAGUGCGGCUUAUAAACAGCGUCAAUCACUAUGGUUUACUGAUUGACCGCUUCUGUCUGACUGGUGGGAAGAGCCCUAUUGGCUAUUUGAAAGCCUAUCUUACCAACUUGUACCUUUCUGCGGAUUCUGAAAAAGUACAAGAAGCAAUAAAAGAAGGUAUCGCCUCCGCCACAAUGUUUGAUGCAGCCAAAGACCUGGGUUACUGUGACACCCAGCUCCGUGUGGCCUUUGAUGGGGAUGCUGUCCUCUUCUCUGAUGAGUCUGAAUUUAUUUCCAAGGAGCAUGGGCUGGACAAAUUCUUUCAACAUGAGUCACUGUUUGAGAAUAAGCCUCUUGCUCAGGGUCCCUUGAAAGGCUUUCUGGAAGACUUAGGCAGACUGCAAAAGAAGUUUUAUGCCAAAAAUGAACGGUUACUUUGUCCCAUCAGGACCUACUUGGUAACAGCAAGGAGUGCAGCCAGUUCAGGCGCCCGUGUGCUGAAGACCCUUCGCCGCUGGGGUCUAGAGAUAGACGAAGCUCUUUUUCUUGCUGGAGCUCCCAAAGGUCCCAUCUUGGUGAAGAUCCGUCCCCACAUCUUCUUUGACGACCACAUGUUCCACAUUCAAGGGGCGCAGAAAUUAGGCACCGUUGCAGCUCAUGUACCUUAUGGCUUUGGUCAAAAAUACAACCCUUAGGGGAGAGGGAGGAGAAAUAAAGCAGUGACAGUCUGGUCUUACAGAAGCCAGUUCUUCGACACUCUAAAGUGAUUAGGUAUUUCAGUAGACUGGACCUCAGAACUUAGCUCGUUUGCAAAGGUUUUCUCUUGAUUUUUUAGAAAACAUUUUUAACCUCUAGUUACCCUUAAAGGUAACUUUUGAGCAAUCAGUACUGCUGAAUGCCACUACACAUGUCCCAUGUAAGUCAUAAUGAUGACACUUUAGGGUAAGUUUAGAACUUCAAUGUUUGCAUGUUUAAGGGGUUGUUUCAAAAGCUUAUUUAGUUUCACAAAACCUUGCUCAUUUUUGGAUGUCUGUAGAUGGAAUGAAUUGUUACCCAUCAUUAUUCUAAAAAGUGGUCUUCAAAGGUGGAAUGGGUAUGAUUAAGUCAUUCUUGAAAACUAAAGCUUUUAAUUCUG